GUAAAACGUCUGUCAUGUUAUUGCGAAAACAAAACGAACGGAUGGCCCACAGCUGUCGUGAAGCUGUUGGAGUAAAGCACCGGACAAAGCCUGCCCACCGACAUUUUAGCAGGCUGAGCUUUUUGUGUGGAUUAAAAUGGGACUUCAGUGUCAGAACAAGAUGCAUCGCCGACUAAUCGUGCUAGCGUCCUCAUUUGCGCUCCUGAGCCUCAGCCUAGCGCAGCAAGAUAAGACAGGACAGGGUAGGUGCGCGGAAGGUCGCAUCGGACGUCUGUGCGAGUGCAGCACGGAUGACAUUUGGAUGGAAGAUAUGGACGCCAACUGCCGCAAAGACAAUGGCAUGGACAGCUGCAGCAACAACGGUGACUGCGUGUGCGGAAGGUGCGAGUGCAAGAAGCGCGACAACCCCGCGGAGAUCUACAGCGGCAAGUACUGCGAGUGCGACAACUUCAACUGCGAACGCGCCAACAACAAGCUCUGCGGAGGCCACGGACGCUGCGAGUGUCGCGUGUGUGUGUGCGAUGGCAACUACACGGGCAGUGCGUGCGACUGCACCCUGGACAUGUCCACCUGCCUGGCCAAGAACGGGGAGAUCUGCAACGGCCGCGGAAUCUGCGAGUGCGGCGUCUGCAAAUGCACCAACUCCAAGUUCCAAGGGCCCACCUGCGAAAACUGUCCCACCUGCCCCGGGGUCUGCGCCGAGCACAAGGAAUGCGUACUGUGCCGAGCCUUCCAGGCGGGCGAGAAGAAGGAAACGUGCGAGCGCGACUGCAGCGACUUUGUCCUGAUUAAGGUGAAGGAUCACAGGAAGCUUCCUCAGCCCACCGACGAGAGCUUUUCCCUCGCGCACUGCAGGGAGAGAGACGCUAACGACCGCUGGUUAUACUACACCUUUGAAAACAAGAACGGCGUCAAGGAGGUCCACGUCGUCGAGACACUGGAAGAUGUCGUCAUGUUUGGCAACCUGGCGAUGAGGUUCAACGGCAGCUUGGUGAAGCCCGAUGUCAUCUCCUCCUCCUCCUCCUCCCCUCCUCUCUCUUCCAUCUUGGUGUUUGGAAUUACCAAAUGGCUCAAUCUCCUGUGGUGUUUUGCAACCUUCUCAGUCCUCACUCCUCUGUUUGCACAUUAGCGCCUCUCGUCAGAGAUCCCGUCAAACAGUCGAGAACAACAAAUGAGCAAUAUUUUGAGAAAUUACAUAUUUACUCUUGUAUCAUCAUUUUAUGAAGACAGCAAUUCAAGAUGACGUUAUGCCAUUGAUGUAUGCAUGUUGCAAGUAAUACAUCUCCAUGUCUGAAUUAUUAAUCCACUUUGUGUAUGUUUCAAAUAGAAUUAAACUCAAAUACAAUGUA